UUCAAAAUUUCGUUGUGGGGUAAUGCAGUUUAUUGGGAACUAGCAGAUUUUAUGGAUAUAUAGCUUGAUUGUGGAAGAAGCAUGUCUUGUUUUUCUUUACCUUGCUGUACUAGGUCAUUUGUUACCCCAGAUAGUUUGGGACAAAGAAGAGAUUUUCGGGUAUAUGGAGGUUUGUGCACUAGCUCAUUUGUUUUUACUUCUCUGGGGUUUAACCAAUGCUACAAAUUUCAACAUGAGUUGGUUUGGAACAAGAAGCUUGAGUAUUGUGAUAGAAAAAGUAAAAUUCCUUCAUUGAGGUUUCCUCGUUGUUGCAAGUCUCAACAUGGUGUUUCUAGUAACAAUAAAAUUGAGCCACUUGUGAGCAGAAGCAUGGAUGACAAAAAGUCCAACUAUCGUAAAGGGGAAAGUAAUAGGUUGAAGAAGAGAUUUUCAUUCAGAUUGCGCCCGAGGUUACGGUUAUUGGCUAUAAGAAUGAAAAGGGCUUCCAUUAAAUCCUUUUUGAAUGAGGUGGGAAUCUUUAUUCGUAAGAACAUUAGAACAGUGGUAUUUUCUACCUCAUUAUCUGUGGUUUUCAGCCUUUGUUUCCUUUUUCUGAAAUUGACUGCACUCCCCCCUCCAAAAGUUGUUCCAUAUUCGGACUUGAUUACGAGCCUUCAAAGUGGAUCUGUUGCAAAAGUUUUGGUUGAAGAGGGGUCUCGCCGUAUAUAUUACAACAUGAACUCCCAAAUUGUUGAAAAUGAUCAAGUUUCCGGUGAAGAAUUACAAGUAGCAGAUGUUUCAAUUGAUAAGGAUGUCGAUAAGAUUGGGAAUGAGGAGACUUCUAGAGCUGGCCAAACUCCAGUAGUGAAUAUAUUAAAGAAAUUCUCUAGGACUCGAGCUUCUAUUCCUGAGUGGCAGUAUUCCACAAGAAAAAUAGAUCAUGAUGAAAAAUUCCUUGUUAGUUUAAUGAGAGAAAAGGGAGUUACAUAUACCUCCGCCCCUCAAUCUGUGAUAAUGUCAAUGAGGAGUACUUUGAUAACUGUGAUAACACUGUGGAUACCUUUAAUUCCAUUGAUGUGGCUUCUAUAUCGUCAACUUUCUGCUGCUAAUAGUCCAGCAAGGAAGCAGAAACCAAAUAGUCAAACAGUUGGGUUUGAUGAUGUGCAAGGUGUUGAUUCUGCAAAAGUAGAGCUCAUGGAGGUAGUUUCAUGUCUGCAAGGGGAUAUAAAUUACCAAAAGGUGGGAGCAAAGUUACCUAGAGGCGUGUUGCUGGUAGGUCCUCCUGGAACUGGGAAGACAUUACUUGCACGUGCAGUGGCUGGGGAAGCAGGUGUACCCUUUUUCACAGUAUCUGCCAGUGAGUUUGUGGAAUUGUUCGUUGGAAGAGGGGCAGCUAGAAUCAGAGACCUUUUCAAUGCGGCAAGGAAAUUUGCACCAUCAAUCAUAUUCAUUGAUGAACUUGAUGCUGUUGGAGGCAGGCGUGGAAGAAGUUUCAAUGAUGAACGCGACCAAACGCUAAACCAGUUGCUGACAGAAAUGGAUGGAUUUGAAUCAGAGAUGAGAGUGGUUGUCAUUGCAGCAACUAACCGGCCAGAAGCCUUGGAUCCAGCCCUAUGUCGUCCUGGUCGUUUCUCAAGAAAAGUAUUUGUAGGUGAACCUGACGAAGAAGGAAGGAGAAGAAUAUUGGCUGUGCAUCUAAAAGGAGUUCCUUUAGAGGAGGACACUAACAUCAUUUGUCAUUUAGUUGCUUCUCUUACUACUGGUUUUGUGGGUGCUGAUCUGGCAAACAUUGUCAAUGAAGCUGCUUUGCUUGCUGCUCGUAGAGGUAGUGAAACUGUGGCAAGGGAAGAUAUAAUGGAAGCUGUUGAAAGAGCCAAGUUCGGAAUCAAUGAUAAGCAGUUGAGGUCUAGUAAAAUAAGCAAGGAGCUAGGUAAGCUAUUCCCUUGGAUGCCAUCAUUGAUGGGAAGAAGUGAUAAGAGACAGGAUGACCUGCAAGGACCAUUAGGUUAUCAGUCAUUGAGUUCAUGAACUGGUUUGCCUGUUAAAUUUAUUUGUAUUCAUCCUCAAUAUUUUUCCCUUUCAAUGUUCUCUGAUUUCCUGGUAUGCAAGAAAUCUUGAUUUCCCUUUAUAUGAUGCUCAAGACUACAUUGUCCACAGAAAAUGAGAAGCCAUUGUAUUUUUGUUAUAAAUAGGGAAAAUAUAAUAGCUGCCAACAUCCCAAUAUUUUGGCCUUUAUCCAGUUGAUACUGC